AGGUCUCAAAGUGCUUUCAGUAGUUAUUUAGUACUCGAAGAGCGAAGUUGCAUUUAUAAAACCAAAAAAUGAAGUUAUUUUUUAACAUUUUCGCUUUAUUUUGUAUUUUAGUAGCUGUAAAUGGGGACUGUGGCGUAGUGUCCAAACAACAAUGGGACGGGUUAAACCCAGUCCACGUGGAGUACCUGGCGAGACCAGUGGACCUGGUCAUCAUCCAGCACACAGUCACGCGUACCUGCAGUACUGACGCUAGUUGUGCAGAGAUCGUGAGGAAUAUACAGGAGAAUCAUAUGGAUAACUUGAAUAUGUGGGAUAUUGGAUCGUCGUUCAUUAUUGGCGGCAACGGCAAAGUAUAUGAGGGUGCUGGUUGGUUGCAUGUUGGGGCACACACAUACGGAUACAAUAGGAAGUCCUAUGGCAUCACUUUUAUUGGAAACUAUAACAAUGACACUCCAACUCAAGCGUCAUUAGAUGCAGUGAAGGCAUUGCUGCGUUGUGGAGUGGAGCGAGGGCACUUGACUGCUAACUACCACGUUGUUGGCCAUCGCCAGCUCAUUGCCACGCAAAGUCCUGGCAGGAAGCUCUACAAUGAGAUCAGAAGAUGGCCCAACUGGCUUGAGGAUGUCAGCUCAUUGAAGAACUAAUUAGAUUUAAAGUGGAGUUUGAAUUGGCAACUGGUAUUGACAACUUUUUGGUGAUCCAUUUUAUACAUCUCAUAAUCGUUGUAUAUAUAUAUACAGGUAAAUAAAAUUGAUGUGUCUAUUUGUAAUAUAAAAACAACCGCUUUUUACUACAUGCAUGUGAAUACAUACGAUACACAUACCAACAUAACGUUGUUCACAAUUUUUGUCUGUUGUCUGUCUGCACUGGAUAAUCUUUGGAAUGGUAGGACUGAUUUUGCAAGACUUUUAUUGGCAGCUAGCUGAUGUGUUAGGGAGUAAUAUAUGCUACAUUUAUUUUGGGAAAAUGAAAGAAAUAAAAAUAAAGAUAUGUUCUAAAAUUCAUAUUCUACGCGGACGAGGUCGUGGGCAACAAAUUAGUUGGUUUUGCUUGGCAUUUUGCCAGGCUGGAUUACAUUUAAAUUAUGUUAACUUAGAGACUAGUCGUUACGAGUAAAGGGUUUCUCCACACAAAUACAGUGAUUUAAAAUGGUAUAAAAUCGGUUGCCAGUUCAGUCGCAUCUUGAACAAGACUUUUC